AUGGAGUCGCUGCUGCAGCAGCUGGAGCGCUUCUCGGAGGUGCUGGCCGUGUCCCGCACGGCGGCGGUCAGCGCCUGGGGCCCCGCCGCCGUGCGCAGGGCCGUGCAGUGGGCUCGCUACCUGCGCCGCGCGCACGGCCGGCUCCGCGCGGCUCUGGAGGGGCGGCGGCGGGCGGGGCCGCGCCUCGGGGCCUGGGGCGGCCGCGACGUGGUGCUGUCGGCGCGCCUGCUGGGGAACCGCGCGCUGGGCGCCGCCGCGCACCGCUGCCUGCUGCGCCUGCUCUUCCCGGGCCCCGCCGCGCCCGCGCCCGCCCCCGCCGCCGCGCUGCAGGCCCGCCUCGCCCGCCUCGCCCGCCGCCGCGGCGCCGUCCGCCUGCUGCUCCGCGGGGGCCCCGCCGAGGACGCGGCGCUGCGCACGCAGGCGGAGCUGCUGCUGCGGCGGCUGCGCGACGGGCCGGCCGGCGGCCUCCUGGACGGGCUGUGGGCGCGCGCGCCGCGGGCCGCCUUCCUGCGCGCCGCGGCGGCCGCGCUGCUGCUGGACCCCGCGGGCCCCGCGCCGGGCGAGCUGCUCCGCUGGCUGCUGGGCCGCGCCGACGCCCUGGCCGCGCUGUGCCGCGACCUCCCCGCCGCGCGCCUGGCCGCGCUGGCCGCCCGCCACCCGGCGCUGCGCCGCGCCUACCUGCGCCAGCUCGCACGCUGGGGCUGCCGACUGCGCUACGACCUGCCUUCGGGCCGCUGGGAGGCCGCCGAGCCCGCGCACGUGUCCUGGGCCGAGCUGCGCGGCCGCUUCCUGAGCCUCGCGCGGGCGCCGCCGCCGCUCAAGGACGCCGCCCUGGCCGCGCUGGAGGCCUGGAGCGCGCGGGACGGCGCCUUCCGAGUGCGCGGCCUCAGCGUCUGGACCGACCUGCUGCUGGCGCUGGGCCCGGGGGCCGGGACGGACAGCUUAGGGGCUGCGUCCUCCUCGGGGGUGCUCGGCGCGGGUGGGUGCCGCCUGGCCCGGCCCGGCCCGGCCCGCAGCCCCGAACACGCGCACUUCCCAAAGUGACUAUAAACACCUGGUUUUUUUCUUGCUGCCGCCACGCCUUACUUCUGUAGGUCUUCCCGCCAACCACCUCCACCACCACCAGCGCCUCCUCUCGGUACUGCUGCUUGUCACCUGGAGCAGGUGUGCUCAGAAGAAACAGAGAAACAACACUUCGUUUGGAAAGCUAACAGGCCUAUUUGGAGUUUAAAGCUGGGAUUUUUGGCCUUUCUGACCUAACCUGUAUUAAACAGCCUCAACACGUAUUAAGUUAAAGAGCCUCCACAUGUAUUAAGAUUGCGUCGUUCAGUAAGUUUGUUUCUUAUUUAUUAUUUUUUGUUCUCUUUUGAAGGCAUUUUACUUUUGUUUAUUUAUGUAUGAGAGACACCUGCAGAGGGAGAAGCAGGCCCCACGCAGGGAGCCCGACGCGGGACUCGAUCCCAGGACCCCAGGACCACGCCCUGCGCCCAAGGCCGCCCCGGGAUGCUCAGCUUGUUUCUUAUUUCUGCAGAUCACUACCCUCCGAAAUCCAGAGACCAAAGAGUAUACUUUUUUUUUUUUUUUUUUUAACCAAACGGUACUUUUAUUUAUUCAUUUUUCCCAAACGGUAUUUUAAAGCACGGACUUAAGAAUGAGGGAGAGAAAAAACUGCUUCAAGUAUAAAAAAAUGGCAAACAUACACCCUUGGAUUCAGCAUUUGAUGGUAAAAGAAACCCCACAUGGAUCGAAGACUCAGAUUUUGGUGCUUCAGCCAUGGACUGGGUUAAUAAAUCACAAUCUUGGUGCUACAGUUGCCUCAUAUGUUGACUGAAGUGUUUAAAAAUAGCCGAGUUUCCUCAUUUUUCCUCCCCUGGCUGCCCUGUAGGGACAUUUUUAGAAUAAUUGAUCUGUGUGCUGGCUACUUACAAUGUUCUGAUUCUAAUGGAAAAUGCCUAAGAUUUGGCUUUUGGAGAAUAAGGUACAUGUAUGGUGUCAUAGUUUACAAAGUCUUAGGGUCAGAUCAUCUAGCAGAGUCUCUGUGAGGCAGGGCAGUGUGCUGUGAGCUCUGGAUUGUAUUAGUUGAGACUCCAGAUUGAGUAUCAGGGUAGCGAUUUGUCCAACAUUGUAUGGCUCCUACGUGGUAAAGCCAAUGCACCUGGAUCUUUUCUGACUUAAACUGAUCCACAAAUCUAGGUGAUUUUAGGUGAUUGUUGAUUUGAAAACCAAUAUUCAGUUGUAAGGUCUGUAUCAUCAUUGUAUACUCCAAACUACACAAGGCCUGGCACAUUGGGAUAUAUGUAUCUAUAUACAUUUUUAAUUGAAAUUCAAUUUAGUUAAUGUGUAUUAUUAGUUUCACGGGUAGGAUUUAGUGGUUCAUUAUUUGUGUAUAAACCGGGUGCUCCUUCCAUCAAUUGCCCUCCUUAAUGCCCAUCACCCAGUUACCCCAAACUGCCACCCACCUCCCCUCCUCAGUUUGUUCCCUUUAUUUUUUCAAUGUUCUUUAAGUUUGGGUUAUUACCACCUGCUGUAACUUUUACUAGGUUAUUUCACUCUCUGAAUGAGAGUUUAUUCAUCCACUAAGUGGAAAAAUGCUACCUUUUCUACACCUAACAUAACUAAAAGAUAAAAAUAAUGCAUAUGAAAGUGAUGUCAAGUUAUAAAUAGGCAUAUUCUCUUUUUUAGGUUGAUACUCAUAAAUGCAUAUCUGUAAAUUAUGAUCUACAUUUAACCCAUUAGAAUUUAUGAAAAGCAAGUAUACAUAAACAUAUAACAAGGACCAAGAAUGAAACUUAGAUUUGACCAUUAAAAUGAAUUUAAAAAUAAGAUGCGGCUAAAAUGAGGUUGAGAGUUUAAUAUAGUAAUACGUUUUGUAUAAAUAGUAUGUUAACAAUAUUAAAGGAAUAUUCUGUCACCUUGGCACUA